AUGAUUCGAAAAGGCUACGCGAAGGAUGGUACUUCUACUGAUUUGAAAAUUACUGAAAAUUGUGUUAAUCGCCUUCGAGAAGUUGCUGGGAUCGGAGAACAUCUGAGAAUAAUGGUCGAUGGUGGCGGCUGUUCUGGAUUUGAGUAUAAAAUGAGUUUAGACAACAAAAUUAAUGAUAAUGAUCUUAUUUUCCGCAAAGAUCAUAUUAAAAUCGUUGUCGACGAGAGAUCAUUGCAAUUUUUAAAAGGUGCAACAGUGGAUUAUUCCGAAGAUUUAAUGCGAUCGUCAUUUCGUAUCAUCGACAAUCCAAUCGCUGAGAAGGGUUGCUCUUGCGGGUCAUCAUUUGCCAUUAAAAUGGAUUAGAAUCAUGGCCAGACAAGCGGUCACAGAAAGAGUUAUUCAAAUCAAAAGCAUUGGCGAUGGUUUGCUCGAAGUGAUGGUGUCCCUUUACUUGGCUUCUCAUUUCUGACAACAUUCAAGGAUUUACUUGGACUGCCUCCAUUUGAACUUGAUAAAGAUUCGCUAAAACACAAAAUCAAAAAAGCAUGGUUAUAUAGAAAGCAGCACAAAUAUGACCAAGCCAUGAUGGUCCUGGAGGAAGCAAUGCAAAUGGCCACUGGACAAAAUAAUGAGUUGAUUGUUAGUCGCAUUAUUGACGAAUUAGCCAAUACUUAUUACGAAAUGGGGAAAUUGGAUGAAGCAGAGCAGACUUUUCUUAACCUUUUGCAACGGUUAAUAAAUCUACAUAAGAAACAAGAUCACGAUCCUGAAUUUAUCGAUGUGAGUCUCAAAUUAUCCGAUAUAUUUGCUCAGAAAGGCAGAGUAGAUGAUGCCGAAAUUGGUUACAAGCAUUGCGCUGCCAAACAAAUGAAA